UGUGAGGCAGCCCCGAACUUCCGGUGUUCGAAUCCCACUGUCGUCCGCACUAGAGCCUCCCUCCUAUCCUCGCCCCACAGCACCACUAGGAAACAUCCGACGUGGCCACGGGGUUGAUGUUCUUUUUGAGGGGAACGCUGCUUUUUGGUGCACUGUUUUUUUCUUCUCCUUCCUUCAGGCGCGGCCGGGCGGCCCCCGCCCCCGGUCCUGCGCGUACCACAAGAUGGCGGCGCCCGUGGCGGUAGGGCUGGGCUGGCGUCUGCGGGCAUGGCUGCCUCGGCUGACACAAGUGAGAUGGAGUCGCUACAACCCCAGCUUUCUGGAGCCAGAAUUGAACAAAGAAUUGUAUCAGAAACCUUUUAAUGAGCUGUCUGAAGAGGAAAAGGAAAAACAAGAGCUUAAGGCUGUUCGUCCCAUAAAAGCAGCUCCUCCCAGCAUCUCCAGCUCCGUUUUCAGCGACCCUAUGAUCAGUAAAUUCACCAAUAUGAUGAUGAAGGAUGGAAAUAAAGUGCUGGCCAGAAGCCUCAUGGCUCAGACUCUAGAGAACAUUAAGAGGAAGCAACUGGAGAAGUACCACAAAGCUUCAGAUGGUGAGAAGGAGACAGUUGAAUGCAACCCUUACGUCAUUUUCCACCAGGCUCUGAAAAACUGCCAGCCUAUCAUUGGACUCAGCAACAUCACGAGAGGUGGCAAAACCUACCAGGUCCCAGUCCCUUUGAAGGACAACCGGAAGCGCUUCUUGGCCAUGAAGUGGUUAAUCACCGAAUGCAGAGAGAACAAGCACCGCCGGACACUGAUGCCUGAGAAGCUCUCUGAGGAGCUGAUCCAGGCCUUCAACAAUGAAGGACCCAUCAUCAAGAAGAAGCAUGUGCUGCACAAGAUGGCAGAGGCCAACAGGGCUUAUGCCCACUUCCGCUGGUGGUAGGGUCUCUGCAUGGGAUGCACACGCUGCAGUGCACUGUCACUGCUCUCGGGGCCUGUGGAGCAGAGUCUCAGGGCCACCUGCUUGAGAGAAGCUGGGGAGUAGAGGGAAAGGUGGAAACUCCCUUCUGGACAGCUUCUGAGCUAAGCCAAGGAAAGCUUCUCCAAUCCCCACACAGUUAAUUUGCUUUGUGCUCAUCUGGAUGGGAAAAGGGGGAAUCUGAAAUAGUUACUGACCCCUGCACGGAUAUGCUAGUUUUUUCACAAUCGGUUUCCUGUGACGACAAGCCUUAGAUGCUGUUGUUACAGCAAUGCUGUACAAAAUAAUCUCUCUAUUCCACUUACCUGUUUCCUAGGGACUUCUAAAUCUCUGCUCUUGCAGCAACAUUUUUUCUCUUUCUGGCUGCAUAAAUAGGAAGGAGCAGAUCUGGAAUUUUUUUUCCAUACCAUAAUCAGCCUUGACUUUUGGUUCUGGUCAUCAGCAACAUUGUCUGUACAGAUCUGAGGGGGAUGUUAACAGAAAAAAUAAUACCAGUGCUUUAGGGGGAAGGUUUCUUGAUUCCAAACCUUUGUCUCUGUUGCUUGAAUCUCAUGCUGUCCUUUCCAGCUGCUCUGGCUGCAUAAAGCCCCUCUGUCAACCUAUACUGGAGAAAAUAAUUAACAUCAAAGCCUUCUUGCUUCAGUCAGGAGCAACUUUUAAGUGUUCCUUACAGCUUAGCAGCUGCGCAGAGAGAAAGCAGGGCACAUGUUAGUGGAAAACUUUUAUUACAAAAAAACACCCAGUAGACUAUUUUGUUUUCUUUCUUCCUCUCCCAUUCUUAUUCUCAUAAGAAACAUACCACAGUUAAAACUCAAAUUUUGAAAAAAAACAAAACAGUUACUGUAUUAAACAUAUAAAACCUG